UUUCAAUUCAUAGCACCUAGUAUUGUUCAUCUAGUUUAGAUUUAAAUUGAAAAAAAAUCCGAUUAACUUAAAGUGCCGGAUCAAUUUUAGAUUCAUCCUUAUUAUUCCUGAAUUUUGUGCUGAUACGCCAGUGUUAGAACGACGGGUCCUAAACGGUUGUGAUCUUUAAUUGUAAUACAAAUUCAGGACGAUCUCAACGGAUUACGUGAUCUACCGAAUAAAAUGAGGAUUAUUGGAAUCACGAUACUCUCCACGGUGCUGGCCGCGGUUACUGCUGCACCACAAGCCACCCAAGAACCGAUUGCCAUCAUCAGCCAAGACUCGAACAUCGAACCGGAUGGAUCGUACCAGUACAGCUACGAAACAGCCAAUGGAAUCAAAGCUCAAGAGGUUGGCACUCUUAAAAAGGCCACUUCAGCAGACACCCAAGAUGUAAUCGUCGCACAAGGAUCAUUUUCAUACACAGCUCCUGACGGAACAGUGAUAAAUCUAAACUAUGCUGCCGAUGAUGAAAACGGCUUCCAACCACAGGGUGAACAUUUACCAACUGCCCCACCAAUCCCACCAGCGAUCCAGAAAGCUCUCGAAUAUUUAGCCACUUUGCCACCACAAAAAAAUUAAAAAGAGCCACCUAAGUUAACAAACGACCAGAAACCCACCCGAACGGAAUGGCCAGUGGAUCACCGAGAAGGAUAAUGACAAUACAGAGCUCAUCGAUAGAUAAAUAAUAAAGUUACAAUGGAACCCACGAAUAACACAAACACCAAUACUGCCUUCCUCCGAAAUUAUCCCAAUUAUAUGCCCACGGAGAAAAUGAUAAAACGAAUCAAUGAAAAGAUAAAAAUGAUAAACAGAUGCAGGAAUACGCAAAGGAAAAUGACUAUGUUCUUGUACAUUUAAUGAUAUACAGACUUAAAACGAAUUAUAUAAAUAUAUCUAUGUGUACCUUAUCAGUUUCAAGCAAAUGCGAUACUAUCUCUCUACAUUUGUUAAGGAAUGCAACUCUCAUGCCCUCCAGUCCGUGUCUGGAUGCAACACCUUCCAGACUGGAACGCUCAAAUGUUAAAUAUCGCACUGGAAAAAUUACAAAAAAAAAUAUAUGUACUGUUAAAAUUAAGUUAAGAUGAAUAAAAUAUUCUAUUUUUUCAUAGAAA